AUCCAUCUAUACAAAGCAAAUUAUGCAUGUGUAGUGACAUUCAGUUUUCUCGGGUUAAAGCGUAUACCCUUACACAUUACAAUUAUCUGUGAAGUUGUUAACUCAUUCAUACAUAUUUAUACAAAAGGUCGUUUAAUUAUAUGAUGACAGCUAAGGACCCAUUCCAUGUACCCAUAGUGUUGGCUACAGAGGAAUCUUUGAAUGGCUACGGUUCUAUAGUUACAGACUUCGAAAAUGUCAAGGUCGAAAAACGCCCUUGGCCUUUGGAAGGAUGGAGAAAAGCAAGGAAGGGAACAGACAUAAUCCCUGGGGAGGAGGUCAGUGAAAUAUGUUACAAACGCAGUGAGCAGAACUUCACAAUGAAAAAAGAAAGUGGUCGUCUCAAUGAAAUAGGACGAAUCCCGAGAAACCCGUGCUCAUCUCCGACGUCAGUGUUACUAAAUAAGAUGACGUAUCACCCAGAUUGCGGGGAGGUCUUUUUCCCAAAGAAUGGAGACCCUUUUGUUGGUGUUUUUGCACCUCCUGGCGAUGACUUUGACCCUGCAAAAGUGAAAGCUUUUUACUUUGAUGGAAGUUUCGGCGUACAGUGUCAUCCUAACGUAUGGCAUCAGGGGAUGUAUAUACUUCAAGACGAGGCAACGUUCCAAGGAAAACAAGGGAUUUUGCAUUUAUGUGUUACUAUAAAUAUUGUUGAAGAAUUUGGACACUAUUUGAGCAUCCCUUUACAGAAACCAGGACAGUAAACUUUAAAAGUCAGUCAUGGAUAAUAACUUACGACUAACCUGUGUGAUGCCAUAUAUAGUUUGGCUUGCAUUUAUCGCCUAUCAUGCACUUGUGUUUAGAAAUAACGUAAACAUUUUAAUAAUACAUGUAUACAAUUAUUACGCAGGUACAAAACCGUUGAGAACGGAACGAAAAUUAUAUAUUCCUGUUUCUGAGUAACAAUAACGUGUACCAUACAUUGAUGUUCCCGAUGAAAUCUAAAUACAUUUAGUGCUUUGUGAGUUCA